AUGCAUUUUCAGAAAGACAUCCUAGGAACCACAAGCCAGGCAGCUCUGAAAACCCUGUAUCUUUUACAGAUGGGGGUUGGGUCUCUGGCCAAUGUCAUUCUCUUCUUCCACAACAUCUCUCCCAUCCUGCUUGGCCACAAGCAGAGGCCCACAUACACGAUCCUCAGUCACAUGGCUGUGGCCAAUCUCAUGGUUCUUUUCUCCUCUGGGAUUCCCCACAUAAUGACGGCUUUUGUAUGGAGGAAACCCCUGUCCAGUCUUGGGUGUAAGUGUGUCUAUUACCUACAGAGGGUGUCUCGCAGCACCACCCUGUGCUCCACCUGUGUCCUGAGCACCUGUCAGUUCCUCACUCUCAUGCUGGGGAGAGCAGAGAGGACAGUGCUGAGAGGAAGAGUCUUCAGGUUCACUGGUUCCUUCUGCUGCAUCUGCUGGGUAUCGAAUGUCUUAAUGUACAUCGAUGUUCCUCUGAGAAUAGCAGGUUCACAGCACACACACAACUACACCGAUACCCAAGGAAGCUGGUUCUGCUCUUCCUCAGCUCCCAAUCCAGGCCUUGGCUAUUUGUGGUCCAUCUCUGAUGUCGUGUUUAUUGGCCUCAUGGCAUGGUCCAGUGGCUCCAUGCUGCUUCUCCUGCACAGACACCACCAGAGGGUGCAGUAUAUACACGGCCCCACUGGAUGCCAUCAGUACCUCCCUGAGGACAGAGCCACCCGCACCAUCCUGAUGCUGGUGGUCGCCUUUGUCUUCUUCUCUGUGCUGAAUUCUAUUUUUGCUUCUUAUAUCAGUGCCUUCUCUGAUUUUCAUCUGCGGUUGCUACAGACCUCUAGUUUCUUGGUUUCAUGUUUUCCCACCAUUUCCCCCUUCCUGCUGCUCCUGAGGGACCCUAGACCUCUUAAAUUAUGCUCUUGGGUUGUUGGAAAUCAUGCUUAA